AUGCUCAAAUUCGCCAAACAGCACUCACCAACGAGCCUCCACUACACUCUCGCCACCACUGAGCAAGCCCGUAACCUCCUCUGCGCCGCCACCAUCGACGAACCCCGUAGCCCGUUGGACCUCGCUUUCUUCUCCGAUGGUCUGCCUAAAGACGAUCCAAGAGCCGACGAAUCUGUCCUUGAGUCAUUAAGAAAUGUUGGACACAAGAACUUGUCUAAAAUCAUCGGAGAAAAGAGAUUCUCUUGCAUCAUCUCUUCACCUUUUACUCCAUGGGUUCCAGCUGUUGCAGCUGCUCAUAACAUCCCUUGUGCAAUCCUCUGGAUCCAAGCUUGUGGAGCUUACUCGAUUUAUUACCGUUACUACAACAAGACCAACUCUUUCCCCGAUGAUCUCGAAGAUCUAAACCAGACAGUGGACUUACCAGCUUUACCAUUGUUGGAAGUCCGAGAUCUCCCUUCGUUUCUCUUACCUUGUUCAGGAAGUCACUUCAGUAAGCUAAUGAAGGAGUUCACCGACUGCUUGAGAAAUGUGAAAUGGGCUUUGGUGAAUUCUUUCUACGAACUCGAAUCAGAGAUAAUCGAAUCGAUGUGUGAUUUAAAACCGUUAAUCCCAAUCGGUCCUCUGUGGCUUGACAAGCAAGCUAGGUCUUCGGUUGUUUACAUAUCUUUCGGAAGCAUACUCAAAUCAUCGGAGGAUCAGGUCGAGAGCAUAGCUACGGCGUUGAAAAACAGAGGAGUUUCAUUUCUAUGGGUGAUAAGGCCUAAAAAGCGAGGCGAAAACGUCCAUGUGUUGCAGGAGAUGGUCAAAGAAGGACAAGGAGUUGUCAUUGAGUGGGGUCCACAAGAGAAGAUACUGAGCCACGCCGCGAUCUCUUGCUUUGUCACGCACUGUGGGGUCCACAAGAGAAGAUACUGA